GUCUUCGACUUGCUCGUACUAGAAUAUUGAAAACGUCUUAUAAUUGAAAGGAAAAAUGUCAUCUUCUCUGUCUGGUAAGUUAAGUGUUGAAAUAGAUGCCAAGUCACCAGCUCGUGCUUUUUAUGAGGCUAACGCGAAACGAUUGUACGAGAUACCAAAUCUUUGCCCUACCUAUAUACCCAAGGUUGAUUUAGUAGAAGGUAAAUGGGAAGAAGUGGGUGCUGUCUUUAACUGGCAUCUCGUAUACGGGGGGAAAACUGUAAUUUCCAAGGAGAUACGCGAGAGCUUGGAUGAUGAAAAACUAUCGGUUACAUUCAAGGUGAUAGGAGGAUCAUUCGUAGAGGCAUUCAAAAGUUUCAAGUUCAUUUCUCAGGCCUUUCCAAAGAAAGAGGGAAGCUUGGUCCGUUGGACUUAUGAAUAUGAGAAACUUAACGCGGAUAUUCCAGAUCCAAAGGAAUUGCUUCAGUUUGCAGCUGAUCUUACCAGAGAGAUAGAUGAUACUCUUAUGAAGAUCAGCCAGAAGUAGAUAUGCACUCAAAAACAUCGCAUGCAUAUAGCAUAUAUUAGAAAUAAGUACGUUUACUUUCUGAAAAAGAAAGUACGUAAAAAGGUACCCUUUCCUGCAUCUGUAUUGUUGGUUUUUUUUGUUUUUGGUCAUCUUAGUUUUAUCGGGUACCUCGUGUCUUUCAUGGUGGAUCAAUCCAUUAUAUGUACUCAUAUGGUAUCUGAUC